CUCCGGCGUAUUUACGACAUUCGUCGCCGACCCACCAGCCGAGAUUCCCGAAAACGUUAAAACCCUGCCACUCUAGGAUAAGCUUAAAGAGGAUGAAGCUCGAGAAUCUUCUAAACGGCGAGUCGGCUGCAUACGGCGGACCGAACGCCCACCUUGCUCCGGGGCCCGCUGGGAACUCGAAGCCCCGGCCCCGUCGAGCGCGGAGUCCAACAGCCGUCGAAGAGCCUCAAUUCUCGCGCCCUACCACAGGUCUUCCCUCGUUCAAAUCCUUGGAAGAAAAUGUACUGCCAAAACCAUACCCUCCAUCGAUGUCUGCGCAAUUGCCAGGAGCUCCACCACCAUGGCCCGCAGUACCAUAUAUCGAUCCAUUCAAGCCACCAUCAGCACGUUCCCCUGAGCCCCCAACCCGCCUUACCGCCCGAUACACCGACCACUUCUCUCUCCAGGAUGGUCACUCACGGACGGCCACGGAAUCGCACAAACCGUCUCCGCACAAGGCGGAUGGAAUCGGAGACCCGCAAAUGUAUGUACGCGGCGGAGAUUUCUCGCGGGGACAUUAUCCUAUGGAGGUGGAGCAAACGAUGCCACAUGGCCCAUCAUUCCUCAGACAACAAGGCCCGCCGCAUCAAAUUCAUCACCAGUUCUCGUCUAGUCAACAAGCACCGACGCAUCUUGAACCGGCGCAUCAUGAACCGGCGCAGCAUGAACUAGAGCCGGAACAAGAUAUGUCCAAUGCACCGAAACUAAAGCGGAAGCGGGCGACACCGAGUCAGUUGCAUGUCCUGAACGCCGUGUUCGCGCAGACCCAUUUUCCUUCGACCGACCUUCGCAUCCGUAUUGCCGAACAACUUGGCAUGACCCCAAGGGCCGUGCAAAUCUGGUUCCAAAACAAACGGCAAGGGGAACGAGUAAAAACCGUCAAACCGUCUUCCACUCCGAUCACUCAUUCUACACCACACCCUCAAGUGGGCUUCGGCCAACCCAGCUUAAUGAGCACGGAGCGACAGCUUGGGACCCUCAUAUCCCCGCAUGUACCUAUCCCCCCAGUACAAUCAGGGCCUAGCAUGCCAUCUUCGAUCCCCCCUCACGUCCAGCCGAUGGACGAGGAAUCAAUCCUGAUGAGGGCCCAGCACCGCUUACACGGCCCAGCACCUCAUACACGGCAAGUUCAGCAUCACGCGCUGGAGCUUUCAAUGUCUGAACCACGGCGUAGUACGGAGAACGCCAGACUGCAUCAGCAACAGUACUUGGAACGAUUACCGAUUAAUCAGUGGCCUAGCCGGCCUGCCCCAUCGGGGCUUCCACAUCAUCAAUACCCGUUAUAGCGAACGCUGAGCUUAUCCGUCAUGAGUCGCGGCCGCCGCGGCGGCUUUCAAUUGCCAGCACGCGCCUCAAAUAGGGGAGGCAGCAACAGCGGUGGAACCCGCUGCAGAUUCUCCGCCUUCCCGGUUUCCUACCGUGAUCUCCCGUCCAUCCACAAAUUACGGACCAUUCCCU